CAUACGCUGGGACGCGUUUUCCGGCUCGAGGGCCACCUCCACUGGUGAAAUCCGCAGACUGCCCGCUGGGAGUUCCCGGAAGUGGCCCCGGUUGCCAGCUUCCGGUGCUAUAGGGAGACAUGGCGGUGGUCACCUUGAUCCCGACGCUGGCGCGGGUGCUGUCAAAGCAGAGCCUGCUGUCUCCUUUGUUCAGUGUGACAUCAUUCAGACGAUUCUACAGAGGUGACAGCCCAACAGAUUCUCAAAAAGACAUGAUUGAAAUCCCUUUGCCUCCAUGGCAGGAGAGAACUGAUGAAUCCAUAGAAACCAAAAGAGCCCGCCUGCUCUAUGAGAGCAGAAAGAGGGGGAUGCUGGAGAACUGCAUUCUUCUUAGCCUCUUUGCUAAGGAAUAUCUGCACAACAUGACAGAGAAGCAGCUGAACCUCUAUGAUCGCCUGAUUAACGAGCCUAGCAAUGACUGGGAUAUUUACCACUGGGCCACAGAAGCAAAACCAGCUCCAGAAAUAUUUGAAAAUGAAGUCAUGGAACUGCUGAGAGAGUUCACCAAAAACAAAAACAAAGAGCAGAGACUGCGGGCCCCAGAUUUGGAAUAUCUCUUUGAAAAGCCUCGUUAAGCUGUGUGCCACUGGCUGUCUUGGUGGUCAGUAUAUGGACAGAAACUGCUUCUGGUACAAACUCUGGCUUCCUGCUCUUUCUUAGGCACUUGAACCUCUACCAGGACAGACAUGUAAUAUACAAGAUGGCUCACUCAUUCUAACCUGCACUUGUCUGUACAGCUCCGGUCAGGCUCCUUAUCCUGCUGCUAUGUGCUGUAGUGCAGGCCUGCCACAAGAGGGCACUGUAGGGGAAGCAAUUCAGCUGCCUCAGCCCCAAGAGUACAAAAAAAUGCAGCUGCUAUUUGAAGAGCUGCCCACCCUACACCCAGUGCCCUGGCCUUUGUUAAGGUAAAACUACCCCCUUCCAAUCUGGUAUAGUUCUUUCUGCCAGAGAGAGCCAAUCUAAGCCCCUGAACUGAGCCCACCCAAGGCACAGCAAGCUGAAGGAGGCCACCAAGCAGGAAUGGUGUGGGUACACUGCUGAAGUCAACAUCCUCUCAGAUUUUCUUCCCAACAUGCACUUUGUAAGUUGAAAGAUAAUUGAAUAUUGAACGAUAUUAAGAGAA